AGGAAAGGUGGAGGGAAGUUAAUCGUUUUCUUCUUCACUUAGUUGUUCGAUUGCAAUACAUAAAUAGUGAAACAAGAUAAUAUAAAAAUGGAAAUGUAAUAAUUUUCUUACAACCUGAUCAAUUGCACCAAUUGCCAGAAACGACUACAAAAAGAGAAUUUAUAAUCUAAUAUAUUCGUUCACCAUGACUUGAAAUACGUAGUAAAUAUACAAGUUCCAUAAAAAAUUCAUAAAAUCACAUGUGUUAUAAAUAAUCACCUGCAACAACCAGUUUAUUGUUCCGAUAAAUUCAAGUACAUAUGUGUAACACUAAUUGAGAAUUAAUCAGUCACGACAUACAUGCCUCGUAAACGAAGAAAAAAGCCAGAUAUAUAACAGUAUGAUGACAGGAAUGCGUAAAUUAAAACGAUAAAAUAAUCAAUUUAUUGAGCUUCUGGCUUUACAUUUAGAGUGUACAAACGAUGGCACCCACUAGAGACAAAUGGGUGAGACGUUUUAUUAUUCCAGAAACAACACGACAUAAGAAAGGCUUUACUAUUUACAAAGUUACAUCUGUGGUAUUUUUAAAGAAUUCACAUGAAGAAAUUUCUAAAGUGUCUGUGUGGAAACGAUAUAAUGACUUCAAAAAACUUCAUUCAGAAUUAAGUGUAUUAUAUUCGCAAACCAAAAUUAAAGAAAGUUUUCCUUCAUUUCCAAAGCCAAAAUUUUUUGGCAGAUUUGAAGCUGAAGUUAUCGAAGAAAGAAGAGAAUGUGCAUUAAAGUUUUUAGAAUUUAUUGGAAGACAUUCGUAUUUAUACUCUAGUGAUACUUUUAUCAAAUUUUUUGAAACUAGUCAUGCUGAUUAUUAUUUAAAUGAUUGUUCUCAAUCUCUUAGUUCUGACACAUCAACAGAGGAAGAUCGCCAUACUUAUUUAAAUACCCUACCUAAUAAUGAUGUGUCUGAAUGUAUUUUACAACCCAGAAGUAUUCAUACUUCAUUAACAAAUUUAUCUGCUUCAAAAAAUGAAAUGAAACAAUCUCAAGAAACAUCUGAAGUUACAGAACAAGUUUUAGAACAAAAUGAUUUAAGGUACAAAACUGAAAAUGAAAAGAUAUCCAUGAUAAAUAGCACAUGUAACAAGUUGCUAAUUGAAAACAAUGAUUCCAAUAAAAUUGCUUCUAAAUUAGAAGAUAAUCAAGUAAUUUGUAACAAAAACAACAAUUGCUAUAAAGAUAAAAACUGUAAUGUUAAGAAUGAGAAUUGUUCUACAAUUGUACAAAUAUCAAACACUAAUACAAAUAAUGAUACAAUUAUUGAAGAUUUAAAUUCUUCAUUAAAUACUCAUGAUGGUUCUGAUCUACCACAAUCAUGGGCAGAUUCUUCACAAUAUAUUUUAAUUGCAGCAGCACAUAUGAGUGCAGCUUUUAAACAUGAAGAUCUUACAGAGUAUGAAGAAGCAUUUACUCAAUACAAAAUGGGAAUAUCUAGUCUUCGGUCCGGUGUUGAGUCUGAUUCAAAUAAAAUAAGGGCAGAUAUAAUUAAAGAAAAGAUAUCAAAAUAUCUAGAACGUGCUGAGAAGCUUUAUAAUAGAUACUUAAAUUGUAAUAUCUCUGUGUUGAAUAAACCUAUAUCAGAACUUCAAUAUUACAAAGUAUUAAAAGUUAUAGAAUCUGUAAUGCUUGUAAAGGAUAUUCGUCAAAACUGUCUCAGCAUCGUAAAAGCUAUAGAGAAAUUGUCUUCAAACAAAGAAAGUAUAAGUAACUACAUAUUACGUGGUGAAAUACCAUACAUGGUCCAUUUACAUGCUUGUGUUGAAACAGAAACAAGUGUAUUUUUGAUUUUACAACAUCUGAGCCGUGGGAAAUUGUGGGAUUUCAUAACAUCACAUUACAACUCCAACAAUAAUAAAAUUUAUGAUAGUAUAACUGCAACAAGUAAUACUGACAAAACAAUCAAUGGUAGUGAUAUUAUUUUAAGGACAAGUGAUAUAAAUGAAAUUGGAAGCGCUAAGCUCAAGGAAAAUUUAAACCUUAUAAGUACAAAUACCAAAGUACAAAUGGAGAUACAUCCGAUAACGGUAAACGAAAAAUAUACCAAUGUUUCUACUACACAAUUACUAGAGAAGGCGCAAAUACUCUUACAAUCGGUUAAUGCAACUUUAAAAGAAAGUAAUUCCGUUGCCAAUCGGUUGUGCGAAUCUGACCGCUUGAUAAAUCAUCAAGAUAAUACUACAUUAUUGAAUUUUAAAAACAGUAUAUAUCAGUCGAAAGAUUGUAAACAACUAUCGGUAGAUGUUAAUGAUAUAUCGUUAAAAAUUGACGAUAUAAAUAAAACCAUCACAAACGAAAAAAUACCUGAAAAAAAUGUGAUAACUACUAGUUAUUCGUCACAAAAUAACAUUACGAAUACUAAGAGUCAAUGUAGCACUUCUAAUUCGUCAUUAAACAGUAGUUGCAAAAAUCUUAAUUUUGAAGAAAAAGAAUCAACAAGUUCUUCAACGGAUAGUUUAAAAACAGAUACUGCAUAUUUUGCAACAGAAAAUAAAAAUGAUAACAUUUCAAAAGGAUACGAAUUAAAUAAAUUAAUAGAAAAUCACUUAGAAACGCAUAAUUAUUGCAUACUAAAUAAUCAGCAAAUUCAAAACAAUACACUUUUAAUGGAAUCAACAAAAAACAAUAAUAUAGAUACUGAACAAGAACUUUGGACAAUACCCGAAAAUGUAAUUCAUCUUUGGGCUGCUGAAAUACUUUUGGCGUUAGAAGCAUUACACCAACAAGAAGUUAUUGUUUUUGAUUUAAAGCCUGAUAAUAUAUUACUUGAUGAUAAUGGACAUGUGCAAUUAACAUACAUUGUACCGCGUCACGAUAUAAAUUUAUUAAAAUAUAAACAUCCAUAUUCGUCUCCUGAAUUAUGCACAUUUUCACCUAUGAUUCCCCUCACUCCAGCAACAGAUAUUUGGAGUUUCGGUGUUAUAUUGUAUGAAUUAAUAGUAGGCAAUAAAUUUCAAGCAAAGCACCCAGGUACAUUUCAAUCACAUUCCAUCAUUAACAUUCCUAACAAGCUUUCCGAAAAUGCAAAAUCUUUACUUCUUAAUAUAUUAAAAUAUGAACCAAAUGAAAGGAUGACAAUACCCGAAAUAAAACAACAUCCAUUCUUCAAAGAUAUUAAUUGGUCGAGUUUGGUAAAUACACUAUAA